AUGUCACUCCAUCAAUGUCCUCUAUGCGAUUACGGGGCUGCUGAAAGCCGUCUUGUUAGGAGACACAUGAAAAAUGGGCAUAAAAAGAAAGAAAUUGCAGGUCUGGAGCCAGUAGCAAAUGUGGUCGAGCAUCGGGCCGCCUUCUCGGAGAUGCAUGACCGCUGUUUCCCAGGACGACCAAAGCGCCUCUCGAAUAUUACUAUUUCGGACGAAGGACGACGCGCUAAGUGCCGUCAGUGUGGCGCAACAAUUAGCAGGAAACGACGAUUGUCACAUUUGCUUGAGAGGCACCUACAAAAAAUUAUUUACAGGUGUUCGCUGUGCUCUUUCGAGUCAUUUCACGAUGAAAAUGCUGUAGUGGCGCAUAUCCAGGAGCAGCACGAUGGCAAUGGCCGAGUGAUCAACGAACUUCAUAAGUAUCGAGCAGAAGCCGAAGCAAUGGCGAGAAAUUGCUUUCUGGAUUGGCAGCUACGAGUGUGA